CGUCGUUGUCGUAUACAUCCUCUUAGCUGGACAAUGACUCUGAUUAGGUUUUUUAUGCUGUACUGCGAUGUGUCCUGUGUGUUUGAAUGUGAAUAAUAGUGAAAAAGGGGUUCACUCUCGUUCGUAGAGGUCGAUUGUCAUUAGUAUCAUUUGUGGUGCCGUUAGCUGACAAUGUUCAUAUCAAAGUGUCCUUAAUAACAGUGGUUCUAAUCUAGUGAUUUUAAUAAAAAUCAAAAAAAAAAAAAAAAAAAAGCCUUUAAAAAAGGUCUUUAAACAAUCUCGUGCCUUAUUUUUGGUUCUUUACAUUCUUAUCGUAAACAUAUUAGUCGCAAUUAAAAGACCAUAAAAUAUGUCGAAAUUAAUAGCAAAAAACGUUAGUGUCUUACAAGAGCUAAAAGCUCAUACAAAAGAUGUGACGUGUCUCGAAUUUUGGGGCAAUGUUCUCCUAGUUACUGGAUCCAGCGACAAGACGAUUCGAAUUUGGAAAUGGGAAGUCGGUUUGGGCUUUGUUGAAGAUUCAAAUAUAUCACCGUUAUUGGGACACAAGUAUGGCGUAACUAGUGUCAAGAUUUCACCAAAGGGUGGAGUUUUAGCUUCAUCAUCAGUUGAUGGAACAGUUCUAUUAUGGGACAUAUCAACUGGACAAAAAACAAAUACACUCUACCAAGCAAAUGGAGAAGCAGUUCGCUCAUGUUGCUUCAGUCCAAAUGGUUCUUAUAUUGCAUCGGCUGAUGAUAGUGGUGCCAUAUGCAUUUGGGGUCAAGAAAAAAAUUUAAUCAGAACACUUAAUUAUCAUGAAGAAACUAUAUAUGCAAUAGCCUUUUCUUCGGAUUCAAACAUCCUCUUGACUGCUUGCAACACAGGAAUGAUGAGGCUUACAUUUAUUAAACCAGUUUGCGAUGCUCAAAACCAUGAAUAUGAUUGUGGUAUUGAUCAUGCUCAUGAUCUUGGAGUUGUAUAUGCAGAUUUCUGCAAACUUGUUCACACUGAUCCACUUGAUCCGGAUACAACAAUCCACACAGCUGUAACGUGUGGAAACGAUCAAUGUAUAAAACUUUGGAGAAUAUACUCGCUUAAAUCUAACGAAAAUCUGAAAAAUUCCCGACUGAUUCCACCGGGUCCAAGUGAACGAGAAUCAGGUAACUCGGUUGUGAGCAGUUCAAGCCUUAUGAAUACUGAAUGUGUUCUUAAAAUUACCGGACAUGGUUGUUCUGUGACUUGUGUCAGAUUCAAUUCUCGUGGAACACUUUUGAUCUCCUCUGGCAUGGAUAAGGCUGUAAAGGUUUGGGAUUUACAAGGCAACUGCCUUCAAACUCUACUCGAGCACUCGCGUUAUGUUAAUUGCGUAGCAAUCAAUGGAGAUUCAUCUUUACUUGCAUCUGGUUCAAAUGAUCGUUCAGUAAUAGUUUGGGACUUAUCAGCUACCCUAACACUUGAAUCACACAUUGCUGGAUUCCGUUCAAUUAUAUUCAAUAUGGCUGCGAGUGAGAUUGACAUUCCGCUGGAACUCAUUUGUCCAAUUACUCAUGAAAUUAUGACAUAUCCUGUCAUAGCAGAGGAUGGGUUUACUUAUGAGAAAUCUGCAAUUUUAGAAUGGUUUGAUCGUGGACGAAACACUUCACCAAUGACAAAUGAAGAAUUUACAACUCAGGAAGUAAACGACAACGAAGAUUUAAAACUUAAAAUUGAAUGUUUUCUUAAGACAUUAGAUUUUGAUUCGUUUGAUGGUAUUGCUUGAAUGGUCACUCAAAUCAUUGUAACACUUUUUCGAAAAGUUUUUAUUUCUUUUUAAAUAAAAAAAAAAAAAA